CGAGAUGAUAUGUAGAUACGGAGCGAAUGCGCGCGCGGCGCCAAAGUAUCAUUUUCCUUAGCCCGCUGAGAGCAAGUCCACGCCCGCCUAGGCUCGUACUACGCUCCUUUUCUCCCCUUCCAUCUUCCGCCCGACGCCCUGCCUGACGUCCGUCCACUAGCAGGGACCCUCGCAGAGUAUCGCGUUCGGUGCCGGGUUCCUCAUCUCGCUUGUCCCUUGAUCACCUUCCCGACGCGAACGGCUACAAAUAUUGUCUGUGCUGGGAUCUGCGGUAGCAGUGCAACGUGAUGUUGCCUACACUGCGUACAGAUGUCGGGGUCGGGGCAUGGACAACCCUUGGGACUGUGGGGCUACUAUGGAUGAAUAGUUUGGUGCCAGCUGUGAUGGGGAAGGACACGCCCUAUCUGAACCAGGGCUUCUUCUUCGAUUGGACUCCGCAAAAUCAGUCGCCGCCGAUCCCAACAACAGCACAGUGCGAAACCAUUCAUAUCGAGUAUGGGAGGGGCAACGCUGUAGGGCCGAACCCGGUGGCGCCGUACUACCUACAGAUUUAUACCUCAACCUUCAUCGUACCUCUGGUUGUUCCAGCAGGCACCAGCAAUGCAGAUUUGAAUUUUGAUUGGCCAGUCCCCUUUAUACCAGGAACACAGUACCAGAUAUGCAUGUUCGAUUCGAACGGCGUGACCGGAGGUUGCCAGGCGGUGUAUACCGUCUACCCGGCGCCUAAUACGACUCUCAACAACCCGCCGGUUUGCACGAACCUGACGUAUCCGCAACAAGACCAAGUACUCGGUGUAACUGCUCUUGUGGACAACGGUCCACUUGGGCAGUUCGCUUGGAUUCCCCAGUGUACAGAUAUCUCCGUAAAGCCCAACAAUGGGACGCCACCUUUUACCAUGACUGUUGCCCCUGCACUCCACCCUCCUUAUAACAUCACGUCCAAUUCAAUGGAUCCCAUAAAUUGGACCGUGUCCCUGUCCUGGGGUAUGCCAUUCUUUAUCUCGCUUGCUGACUCUACUGGAAUGACCUGGGCCUUCGGUCCGCUGCAUAGCGGAGAAGGCACGGAUACGACAUGCUUAGCUGAGCUGAACCAGAUAGCCGCAUCUUCCAAGGAGGUGCAGCCUUGGGUAGCUGCUGUAUCGGGGGCAGGUGGACUUAUCGUUGGACUUGUUGCCGGCCUGCUAGGAGCUGUGUGGUUUACAUCGAGACGAAAGCGGAACCAGAUGGAUCAACCCUACACCGAUCUACCGACCCCACCGGCGGAUACGUCUUAUCACAUAGAACCCUUCGUUAUGCCCUCCGAACGCGAGCUCGGAUUCGGCCCCUCCCACGCGUCCAGCCCGUCCAAUACUCUCUUCGACAGCAGACACACACGCAACACGUCAGCAGUCACGACUGGCUCAGCAGACCGCCCGCGCUCACCCACAGGCUCUGUCAUGAUGUCCCCCAUAUCGAACAUCCCACCAGCGCAUGUACCCCUCAUCCCACCUCAUCGUCCUCUCUCCUCCGAGAAUCGCUCGCAGUCGCAGGUCUUCGUCGUUCAUCACGACGGGGGCCGGGCCCCCGUUACCGUUUAUGCGGCAGACGGCACGGAGAUCGUCGAGCUGCCCCCUCGAUAUAACGAGUCCAAUAGCGGCACCGCGGGUGGCAGUAGCAGUAAUGAAGCAGCAUCAACAGCGAUGCGCACGGGAACUGUGCCACCACUGCAGCCUGACCGACGGCAACCAGGUGCGAUGCCUGCGAAAGCACAGCGAAGAGUUGUUAGUUAGUCAUUUCAGCUUCGGAACAUUGGACUGCUUUUCUUUCUAUGCGUGUCCCUUCCCUUCUCAUAACAUCCUCCUUUUCUUCCUGGGCCGUUGGUUCAUCCUGGUCUAUCCUCGGUCCGCCCUACCCCUGCUGCACAUUUUCGUCUCCCUCUUGCCUCCGUCGAGAUGCUCUCGUGGAUGUCUUUAUUAUCCAGACUAAUUUGUUAUGGAUAUUACUAUCUUUUCUGCCUUCACGUCCCUUACGCUGCUUGCAUCGAGAGAAUCUGUAAUAGUAGCUGCCCAUAUAGGAUGGACAGUGCGGAGUUGAAUGUAGCCUGCACACUUCUGGCCUUCUCUAUUAUUUGCCUACAUCGACCUUCAACCAACAUGCACGCCGAUGGGUGCCGGCUUCCAGCCGUCUCGCACGGUGAGCACGCGCCAACCCGGUGGCAGGGCAGGGCCCUCUCCGGCCCCAAGACUGUGCUCGGCCGCCGACGAAGGCGCUGGUGCGGACGUAGUGUCGAGGCCGGGUGCAAUGAGGGCGUCAAGCCGUCCAGCCAUAGUCUCGAGAUCCUGCUCCGACCAUCGCUGAG